UGGGACCCCAGCGAGAGAUCUGCGGCUAGAAGGCUGCACUUGCUCCACGGGUCAGGGGAUUGGAGGGGGCAGGAUUGAAGAAUGUGCUGUUAAAAAGGAAGGUCAAAGAGCAAACAACUAAAAGAAAAAGAGGAGGACUUCAAAGCUGGGAAGGAUGAGUUCUUGCCGCAAUGUCGGUGGGUCCAAGCAGGCACAGGCUGCUGCCGAGGGCGGGCACCAGCGCUACGGAGUUCGGUCUUACCUGCACCAGUUUUAUGAGGACUGUACCACUUCCAUCUGGGAGGACGAGGAAGAUUUCCAGAUCCAGAGAUCACCUAACAGGUGGAGCUCCGUGUUCUGGAAGGUUGGGCUUAUCUCCGGCACAGUCUUUGUGAUUCUCGGAUUGACUGUUCUGGCGGUGGGCUUUCUUGUGCCCUCCAAAAUCGAAGCCUUUGGCGAAGCCGAUUUCAUGGUAGUCGACACACACGCUGUCCAGUUCAAUGGAGCCCUUGACAUGUGCAAGCUGGCGGGAGCCGUGCUCUUCUGCACUGGGGGCAUGUCCAUGGCAGGGUGCCUGCUGAUGUCAGUGUUUGCUAAAAGCUACUCCAAAGAAGAAAAAUUCCUGCAGCAGAAGUUUAAAGAGCGAAUCGCAGACAUCAAGGCCCACGCCCAGCCCAUUACAAAAGCUCCAGGCCCUGGGGAAACAAAGAUACCAGUCACUUUGUCCAGGGUUCAAAAUGUCCAGCCUGUUUUGGCAACCUGAACCAUUCCCCACACCCAUCCUCCCCUCUCUAAGUACAAUGGAGCAGGACAACUUUUGAGGUUGCAAGGAUUUGGUGUCGAUUUGCCCCAUGGCUGUGCGCGGCUGUGGACAGAUAGGCCAUGAGUUCAUGCUCACUCAGCCCAGUGGCUCUGGUGAGGGUGGAUGCCAUGGGUGAAGCUGAGCACAGGCACCCAGCUGCUUAGAGGGUGCUUCUGUGUGCUCUCCGGGAGCCCUCCAAAACCCCCCUCCUAGAUCGUGGCUUAGUGUCAUUUUCCGUGUUAUUGGAAAGCCCUGAACAGUUUAGACCAGCCUACCAAUCGCUACCGUGGCCCGUUUUAUUUUCUAAUAUUGUUUUUUCUAAUCUUUGCUGUGUGGUGCUGCCUUCGUUCCUGUCUCAUUACAUGUAAGAUAUUGUCAUGUAUGUUCUUAGAAAACUCCAGUUUCCUGAUUUUGACCCAAACAUUAGUAAUCUUUGAACUAUAUCUUAACACAAGAUUCCUGAGAUUGGAUAUAUUUAUCAGAAUUCUUCACAAGUUCUUUCUGGUUUGUUUUGGUUUUUUUCACUUAAACUAAAAUUGCCAACUCUAGAAUCUUGGGAAAGAAGUUCAUGUCGGGAGUGUCUAUUUACACAAAGCCCAAAAGCACUUAAUUAGAAGCCAAGAGUUCCUGCUACUAAAUAGCUGUGUGAUCUCGGGGAAAUCACUGGCCUUCCCGGACAUCACUUUCCCCGUCUACAUAACGGGGUCCUGGACUGUGAUGUCUGAGAUUCCCUUUUUGCCAUACGUCCUCGGGUCUCCCCACAAGUAUAUUUACGAUGUCCUGUGGCUCGCACCACGCUAAGGCGAGGUUCUUUGAGGCUCGGGCUCCAGGAAAAGUCACCCGAUCAGUGGCCUCCAUCCACCUACCUUUAAAUAUCCAACCCCAGUAGUUUAUACAAAGCUGCCAUAUUUUUAUAAAGACUGAAGUAAGCCAUCCUCAAAUAAGAAACCACUGAAUAGAUAUUAACCUUAAAGGGGGUUUCCUUUCUCCAAUAAGACAUUUUAUUCUCCAGCAAGACAGUCAUGUCCUCCCUCGGCACUUUUAUGUGAUCUGUGGAUUUACAUGGAUGGAGGAACGUGGAAGAUGGGAACUUGGUAUUCAUUCUCUCAGAAUUUGUACCCCUGUGUGUUCUGUUCUCCCCCUUCCCCUUCCUUAACUGGAUAAAUAAAAUGUGUGA